AUGCCGCGUAGAAGGGACCCAUCCAAGCAGGUCUCUCGACGGAGCCACCGUGGCUGCCACCGCUGCCGCCUGCACAAAAUCCGGUGCGACGAGGUCAAACCUCACUGUGGGUCGUGUACCUCCCGCGGCUAUGCCGACUGCGUCUACGCCCAGGUCCUCAAGUGGGAGACUGACUACGUUGGCCGUGCCUUUGGCAGGGCCGGCGUGUGGUCGAAAUCUGGGGCCGCCGGCGCCAAUAACAAGAAAAAGGCCUCGACGCCACCGUCGACCCUGGACAACUACUGGAGUGUACCAACCCGCGUCUAUUCUUUCGGGUUCCUGAACUCCUUCAUCACCGACUAUGUGGGAGAGGAGUCUUCCUCAUCUUCGAGCGACGACAGCUCCAGCGACGAUCAGAAAUCGACGGCUCUUACUCUCAGAAAGAACCUGGGCUCCAUGAACCGCCCGGUGACGUAUAUUCAGCUCGACACCCAGGCGGAAUCGCAUCUCUUGUCGUACUAUCUAAACCGUAUUUGCCCCAUGACGGUACCAUGCGCAACAGGCGAAUCGCCAUUUUCGGCCCUUAUUUUCCCGUUCGCCGUCUCAUCCGCCUCGCCAGCCCUCAUGAACGCCUUGCUGGGUCUUGCCGCUUCACAUAGAGCGAGAACAGACAGCACAUAUCAGCCCGUGGCCCUGAGCUACUCGGCCAGAGUCAUUCGGUCGCUCCGCUUGACUCUCGACAACAAGUCCUCAAUAGACAUUGCCGCAAACUCGGAAAUCCUCGUCCUCAUGAUGCUCCUGUGUCAGCUGGAGAUCAUUGCCGAGUGCGACAAGCGCUGGGUCACGCAUCUGCGCGGGGCUCGAGACCUCAUCCGGUUCAGACGACAGGGCAUGAGUUCGGAUGUCGCCAAAACGGCGGCCAAGCAGCAGGGCCCCUGGGAGCAAAUCAUCAAGUUCACGGAGCGGUACUUCGCCUUUUACGAUGUCAUGGGACGAACGGCUUGCGGCGAGGAGCCCAUUUUUGGCAACGACUUUUGGUCUACCCAGGAAGACCAGCUCGACCUCUGGAUGGGUUGUUCUCCCCAUCUCGUCAGCAUAAUUGGCGAGAUCACUGAGCUUAGCUUCAAAUACCACCGUCUGUCGGCUUCGACGGCGGAAGACUGCUGGCAGGAUCUGGAACGGCAGCGCAUGAGACUGAUCUCGGUCCUCCAGCAACCACAGCUCAAGAGCGACAGUGACGAUGAAAGCGUCCGGCACACGGUGGAGCUGAAGCGGUUGACUGUGGAGUUGUACCUUCACUCGGCGCUCAACGACUCUACUCCGACCACACCGGUCAUUCGGCAUAACGUUAAGAAGAUACUGUGUCUUGUCGCGAUGCUUCUAAAAGCGGACGUCAAGGCCGGCUUGACCUGGCCACUCUUCAUGGCUGCUUGUCAGCUCGACCCCACGGAGGAGCUCGAAUGGGCCACGGAAGAUCUGGAUGACGGCAAAGUCCCCCGUCACGCGCGGCCGUUUGUUUUGUACGCCCUCGACAACCUGUCGGAUUCUCUCUCGAAUGUCACCAGGACUCGCUCCAUCAUUGAAAAAGUCUGGAAGCAGCGAGAGGCCGCAUCGUUUCUUUCGUCGGAUCGUCAGCUGUCGCCCAGCCCCAAGGCGUUUAAUGAUUGGGCCCGCUUCGUUGCGCCGCUGUGUCACAAUAUCAGUCUUGCUUAA